GGAAACGCGAGGUGCAGAGCGCAGCGUCUCAGGGACUCUCGCUUUUCGCUUCCUGUUACUCCUGUUGCUUUUCGUUUGAUCCAUUGCGGUGAUCGCGUCACAUCAUCAACAUUGUUUACGUAUCCACCAUUCCCCUGUAUUCGCGGCUAUAUUUGCUCGCGUUGUGCAAUAUGCGUCAAGUAUAAGUAAUUUCACAACUCUCCUUGCUGGGAUAUAAUAAGAUGUUAACGCCACGCUUUAAGAUCACGCAAACCGAUACGGAGGUGACGAUCAUCGUGCACGCUCCAUAUGCCAACAUAAAAGAUACGGAGGUAUACGUCGACGGUACAGACUUUCGAUUUUCUUCUACUCCAUAUUAUCUGAGAUUGCAACUGCCAGGCAAGAUCGAGGAGAAUAAUCUAUCCUCUGGUGCUUAUGACUGUGAAAAGGGCGACUUUACCUUAUGUUUCUCCAAGGUAAAUCAAGGAGAACAUUUUGAAAACUUGGAUAUGAUAAGCAUCCUUCUAGCAUCGCCAAAAAAUAAAAGCGGUCCUAACAUUGUCAUUCCUAACAUUGAGGUAAUCGGCAAUCCAUCCGCAGAUUCAACAGAUAUUAAUGAAAGCAACAGUAUUGUUGUAGAUGGUAAUGAUUCUGGAAACAAUUGGUUUAUACCUCAGGAUAAUCCAGUGGGAAAUACGACUCUUAUAGAUUCUCCAAAGUAUGGUUUUGCCAAUAAAGUAUCCGGAGCUUUUACUGCUUUUGAUGCAGCUUGGAUUAAAGAAAUAAUAGAUCUUCCUUCUCCUGAUGCAACUCCUGAAACAGAAAGAAAAAAUUUGCGGGAACAACGUGAAUUGAAUGAUUUUUCCGAAGAACAUUAUAUGGCAGAUCUCAUGCAAUCAGAAUGCAUUGAGCCAUACGCAACAUACACAGCAGAAUGGGACAUGUUGCAAAAAGAUGAAAUCACGUUCAGCGAUACUGAGGUCGAUCUUUUGAAGGAACUUCCAAACAAAGAAUAUUUAUUAGAUGCCGAGAAUGUUCGAAAGUUAUGUUUAAAUCUUGUCGAUAUCUUAUAUGCCAGCUGUUACAAUCAUCGAACAACGUUGGGAGAAAAUACUGUAGAAAGUAGUUGGACUAUCAAUAAACUAAGUUCAACGUUAUGUUGGUUUCAAAAUUUUACCUCUAUGGAUGAAGUUGUAAUAGCAAGCAUCAGAAGAUCACUUUGUUAUCCACUAUACAGAAAUUGGGAGCUUUCUAUUAAAAUAUUUGAAGAUGUUAAGAAAGUUAUAUUAUUAGGAAAGAAAUACAUUAUUAAACGCUUCUGUGAAAUACACAGUCUUUUCAAUAAUUCAUAUGAACCAAGAUAUAUAUUAAAUCAACUGUAUAUAAAGGAUUUUUUAAUUUGGAUACAAACACUUUCUGAAUCCUUAAUAGAAUCACUUUAUUCAAUGUUAAGUAACAUUCAUCCAAACAAAGCAAGCAUGGGAUUUGAUUUAGUAGAAUUGGAAGUGGCAGCUUAUUCCAUUCAAGAAAGUUUUGUUAUAGAAAAUACUAUUCAUCAAGUGACUGAAAAGAUCGAUGCUAUGUCUCUGAAUAAUACCAAGAAAGAAAAGACAAACAAUAUAUACUAUGUUAACCAAAAAAUUUUUAAGUAUUUAUUAUCGAGAAGUUCACAUUCGGAUAGCAGCGAUACAGACUCUGAUACAGACUCUGAAAGCAAUACGUCAAGCAGCAGCAGCACCAGCAGCAGUAGCAGUAGUUUAGAUUCUGAUGAUUUAAAUGAUCCCGAAUAAAUAGAAAAAUUGAGAGUUCUGAAGACCAAUUAUUCGUCUGUUUUGUCUAACAUGAAGCAAUUUUUAUUAGAGGGCCUCCAAUACGAGAGAAAAGCGCUAACCGGUUAUAUGAUCAACUACUUUGCAAUAGCAUUUGUAUUGCUGAACACUAUGGCUUAUAUAUACAUUAAAUUCCAUGUUUAUCCAUA